UGACUUCUUUUAUCUUUUCAGGUGAUGUUACAAUUAAGAAGUUGAUAUGUCAGCAACUGCUCUGAAGUUCUACAAUCAUCCGUCUGUACUGACUGUCCGAAGUAAAUUUAAGAAGUUGUUUUCACAAAAAUAUCUUCUGUAUACAAACACAACUAUAUCUUUGUUGAUGUCAUGUGCUGGGGAUGGCUUGCAGCAGAACUAUCAGAUUGUAAAUAAAGAAAUUGCAUCCUGGGAUAAGAGGAGGAGCAAACAUGUUGCUGUAACAGGGUUUCUGAUUGGUCCGUUCUGUCAUUACUGGUAUAUAUUCCUUGAUUGGUGGUUGCCAGGGAGAUCAGUGAGAGUGGUAACCAAGAAACUGUUAGUGGACCAGCUUAUAUGUUCCCCAAUUGCAAUCACUUCCUUUCUGUCAGUGACAUCAUAUUUAGAGGGAAAAAGGGGAAAAGAAUUAAAAAAUGAACUUCUGGAGAAAGGGAAAACAUUGUAUGCUGCUGAGUGGAUUGUGUGGCCACCAGCACAGGUAAUCAAUUUCUGUUUUCUGCCUACCAGAUACAGGGUACUUUUUGACAAUACUGUGUCUUUCGGAUUUGACUGGUAUUUUUCUUAUGUGAAAUACGGAAAGCAUCCAGAUUCGCAAGAGAAUGUGUUGGAAAAGUCCAGGAAAGAAGAUAUUGAAGACAAAGCUGUAGAUAUAAAUCAGUAUGGAGCUCACGUGCCUUUUCUACAUAUACAGGCAGCAAAUACUGUACAGGCAAAACUGGAGCAUAUGGACUGGGAUAAUUGGAAUGAAUGGUUUUAUAGAGGCCGCCAUGAAAGAGACUUAAUUGAGGAAGAAGUAACAGAAACUAGUACAAUAGGUGAUAAAGAUGAAACAAAUAGUGAUCAAACUGAUAGUGAACCAGCUGAAGUGUGUUUAAGUGUUGGCAAAGGAUUAUGAUAAAUACUAAGAGCUGUCUUGUGACAGAACACUUGACUAGUCCAAGACUUGACAGUUAAACAAAUGUUUUGUCUUAAGAAUAGGUAGCCUCUCCAAAUUCAUAUAAGAUUUAUGGGACAUGAUGUUUUGAUGCUGUGAUCUUGUUCAGUUGCAUCCAACAUCUCUGUGAGGUUUAAAAUCAAGUGUGUGCAUUAUUUUUGGAGACAUUAUUAAUUUCCAUGCAAAACUUUAACCUGCAUUUUCCAAGUCCAGAAAGGGGCGUAACUUUGCCAGAAUACAGUUCAGAGUACAGGACAUGUACUUUUCACCAUGUUUAAUCCACCUCAUUAAUUUGCAUGAAGCUUCAAUUCAAUAUCCAUUGACUGAAAAGAGCAUUUUUAUUCAAAAUUUCAACCAGGAUUCUCUGAGUCCAGGAAGGGCUAUGAUUUUGUUAAAAUUCAUGUAAGAGUUAUGGUGCUUAAUGCCUAAUCUUGUGUGAAGUUUAACAUAGUAUUUACACUGGUUAAAAACACAGUCUUGUACUCUUUGAAAAAACUUGAACCAAAAUUUAAAAAGGGGCAUUAUUCUGGAAAUACUGCAGUUAGGGUUUAGCAUCUUGUUACACUCGUAUUGUACAUUGUCAGUGUGAGCAAGUACAGCAAGUUUCAAUUUGAUAAGUUUCAAUGAAAAUUUUUUAAGUAGAAAGGGACAUAAAAUCUGGUAAUAUUGCAGGUAGAGUUACGCAUCUUAUCACACUGAUGUACAUUGUCCAGCAAGUGUCUUCUGAAAGUCUUUGAUAAUGAAGAAGAUAUACCUUAUAAAAACUGCAACCAAAAUUCAUAACUCUAAAAUGGGUAUAACUCAGCAAUACUGCAGAUAGAGUUACACAUCUUGUCACACUAAUUUACAUUAUCACAGACACUAUUUAAAGCAUUGAAGACUAUUGGACUUCUGGCUUAAUUCGAUGCCAGUGCCAGGGCAAGUGCAAUAGCCAUCUUUACUCUUUGAAUAGUCAAGCUAAAUUUUUGGUGGUUUUUAGCUCCACUAUUCGGAGAAUAGGGGGGCUAUUCUACUCGCCCCGGCAUCAGCGUCGGCGUGACCCUUCUUGGUUAAAGUUUUUCGGCAACCUUU